UAUAGUUCAGAACAUAUCUAUGGUGGACUACACAUGCUUGUAGGAUCAGUAGAAGUUGAGUUGUGAACUAACUUACUGAUAUUAGACUGCAGUCACCCAAAAACACAGAAUGAAGGAAACACCGCUGUCUAACUGUGAGCGGGAUUUCCUGCUCAAAGCGAUCGAAGAUAAAAAGCGUUUGGAUGGACGACAGACCUACGACUACAGAAAGAUGAAGAUCACAUUUGGGACUGACUAUGGAUGCUGCUUUGUGGAUCUGGGAAAAACCAGGGUCAUGGCCCAGGUGUCAUGUGAGCUGGUGACUCCUAAAGAAAGCCGACCAAACGAGGGAAUCAUGUUCUUCAACAUCGAGCUGUCGCCCAUGGCCUCGCCAGCAUUUGAACAAGGCAGACAGUCUGAGUUGUCAGUGAAGUUAAACAGACAGCUGGAGAGAUGCUUAAGGAACUCCAAGUGCAUUGAUACUGAGUCCCUUUGUGUGGUGUCUGGAGUAAAGGUGUGGCAGAUCAGAGUGGACGUUCACAUGCUGAAUCACGAUGGGAACCUGAUGGAUGCUGCCAGCAUUGCUGCAAUCACCGCUUUGUGCCACUUCAGACGUCCCGAUGUCGGCAUCCAGGGAGAGGAAGUCACAGUGUACAGUCCAGAGGAGAGAGACCCUAUUCCUCUGAGUAUCUACCACAUGCCCAUCAGUGUCAGCUUCUCCUUCUUUCAACAAGGAACCUAUCUGCUGGUCGACCCCUGUGAACGGGAGGAGCGGGUGAUGGACGGCUUGCUGAUGAUCGCCAUGAACAAACACAGAGAGAUCUGCUCCAUCCAGUCGAGCGGGGGCAUCAUGUUGCUUAAAGAGCAGGUUAUGAGAUGCAGUAAAAUAGCCAGCGUUAAAGUUUCUGAAAUCACAGAGCUCAUCAGCAAAGCCCUGGAGAACGACAAGAAAGCAAGGAAGGAGGGUGGUAGGUGUGGUUUUGCAGAGUCUUUGCCACAGGAGCGAAUCACAGCACUGAAAAUGGAUGAGACCUCAGUGGAGAUGACGGAUGUGACAGAAAGAGCCACAGACAUCGUACAGAAAGCCGAGGCGCCAACUCAGACGGUGCCUUCCCCCGUGGUGCCCGUCCCAGGUGUGGGUCAGGUAGGUCAGGGGCUGCAGAACACCUGGGGACUGGAGGAGGAGGAGGAGGAGGAGGAUGAUGAGGAUGAGGAAUCAGAAGACAUGGACAGUGGUGAAGAACAGGAGGAAAAGGUUACAACGAUGGAAGAGGAACAGAAGAGCAGAGAAGGAGAUGUGGUUGAGAUAUCUGACAGUGAGGAGGAGGAGGUGGUCAUACUUCAUCCAGAGAAACCAGACAAAGCUCCUAAAAAUACAGGUACCCGUUCCCACCAGAAGGGGGCAGCAGCAUCAAAACAAAGACAGAAAAAAUGAAAGAUGGAUCCACUUGAGCUGACUGCAGCCAGAGAUCUGCACAUCCACAGCAGUGCAUGACACUGCAGCCCCUCCUCAUAACAGAGACGCCUGUCCUGGCUAAAAUGAUUCCUACCUGCCAUCGCUGAGAAUUUGGACCAAAUACAGAACAGAAUAUUUUCCAAGUGUUGGAUUUUUACAAAAGGAUUUUGGUAGGUAGGAUUAAAUAAAGCAUCUUCAACCACCCUUGGAGGUUAAGCAGACUUUUACAUUUCAGUUAUGCUUGCAAAGUGGUUUAUUUUGUGAGGAAACGGGAUGAUGGUGUAUAUCAAAAUAAAAUGACAAAUAUAUAAACCAUUUCACUCUC